CAGCACAUUACUUCGAAGCAAGCGACUUGGCUCAGUCCACCAACAAUGCCACCACCUCACUAUGACUUUCUGAUAAAGCUCCUCCUCAUUGGUGACUCGGGUGUUGGCAAAUCCUGUCUUUUACUUCGAUUUUGCGACGAUGCUUGGACACCUUCAUUCAUCACUACGAUUGGGAUUGAUUUCAAGAUUCGAACCAUUGAACUAGAUGGGAAGCGUAUCAAGCUGCAAAUCUGGGAUACUGCAGGUCAAGAACGGUUUAGAACGAUAACGACGGCUUACUAUCGUGGUGCUAUGGGUAUCUUGUUGGUAUAUGAUGUCACAGAUGAGCGGUCGUUCAAUAACAUCCGUACCUGGCACGCCAAUAUUGAACAGCACGCAUCGGAAGGCGUGAACAAGAUUCUUAUUGGCAACAAGUCAGACUGGGUUGACAAAAAGGCCGUCACUGAAGAACAGGGUCGAGACCUAGCCAAUGAACUCGGGAUCAAGUUCAUGGAGACAUCUGCCAAGGUCAAUGAAGGUGUUGAGGAGGCUUUCUUCACAUUAGCUCGGGACAUAAAAACCCGCCUGAUUGAUUCCCAAGAAGCUGGCACUGCUCAAGGAUCUGGUGCUGCCGAUGGUUCUGUGAAGGUCACUCCGCAGCCGGCAAGCACCUCAACAGGUUGUUGUUCAUAA